AUGCCAAAUGGAGCGUCAAAUGGGAAUUUGUAUCCUAUGCAGUUUAAUGUAGAAGAUAGUGCAUCGUCCCGUUCCACCUCACCAUUACCUCCCCAAAUGCCAUCACCAACAACUAGUGCUAUGCCACCAUUUGUGUCCUCGGCUGGGCAUAUGGCUACUUCGGCCACAUCAUUUGUAUCAAUGGCUGGACCUUCAAGUUCAUCGCCUCACUCGGUGUCAUCAAAUACCACGCAGUCUGGUGGUCUACCCAACUCUUCACCACAUAAGGCGCUGCGAAGACAGUAUACACCUGUUGCACCUGACUAUCACAGGACUCAUGUGCAUAUAUCAACGCCAGUUGGUAUGGUAAAACAGCACUAUGUGGUGAGAGAUAGCUACAAAAACCCACUGGACACGUCAAUUUCGGCCCCGAUGGGACAGUCAACGUCUCACGUACAGAUAGGCGGUGUCCCAUCGCAUCUUAGUCGCUAUGGCCAGCAACAACAUCCUGUUAUCCGAACGACAUUCAGUGCUGCUCCAUUGAAGAGCAUGGUGAACAUCAAUGUGUCGCCAAUUAAUCCUGCUACCGAGACGCGAACAUAUCGUCUUGAUGUAACCGGAAGAGAUGGUAUCUCUUCGGUGCAUGGAAUACCUGGGCAGAUUACUGGAGUCCAAAACAUUAUGGUUGAUCCGGACAUGGCUCAUCGAGGUUUUAUUGGCUAUGAGGACGAACUACGCCCCAAACAUCCAGGCUCUGAUGUCGUGCCUUCGACUUCGAAUGAUCAACCGAUGAGACACGAUCGACUGGAACGCACUUAUGGGGUUUCCAUACAACACACCUCUUCAAGAAAUGAACCAUCUCAACCCCCUGUGGUUCGGUGCACUUCGCCCCUGCCCGAGUCCAUAUCGAAUCGGCUAAAGCAACAAAAAUAUGAUAAGUAUGUAAAGCCGUGUAAACCGCGAAUGUUUUGCUUCUUCAUGGAACAACAUGUGGAACGACUCUUAGCGCAAUAUAAAGAACGAAUGAAGCGAGCACAUCAGUUGCAACGAGAAAUGGAAGCAGCGAACCUUCCUGAACCGAUGAAGCAGAAGAUGUUGGAUUUCCUACAGCAGAAGGAAUCCAGAUAUAUGCGACUUCGACGCCAAAAGAUGAAUAAGGAUAUGUUCGAAGUGUUGCAACAUAUUGGCGUUGGGGCUUUUGGCCGAGUUUCACUUGUGAAAAAGGUAUGCUUUGUUAAUGUACUGCUUUGACA